AGGAAAAACGAAAAGCGUCCGCCAUUUUUCUCCUUCGUUAGCUUCAAAACUCAAAACCCUCCAUGUAACAAUGAUCUCCGACAAAAUCUACCCCGAAUUGAAGACCACCGGAAGUCUCUCCUCCAAACACGACAAUUAUUAUCUCAUAUGGAAGUCUAAAAUCCUCUUCGUUCUCGCCGACUAUGGACUCGACGACGUUCUCACAACCCCCGUCGACUCCACCGACCCGCAAUGGCUCAAUCGAGACAAGUGGGCGCGUUACUUCCACAUCCUCCCGAGCCUCGACGAAGAUUUACGUGCCACAUACUCAUAUCUCCCCACCGUGAAGGCGAUCAUGGACGCCCUCGAAAGCCACUUCAAUUUUGUUACUGUGAGCAGGAAAAUGAAUCUCUUCAGAUGUUACCGCAACCACAAAAUGGAGCCCCACAUGCCGAUCAAUAAGCACAUAUUUCGUAUGCGGGCCAUGGCGAAAGUGCUGGAGUGUGCCGGAAUUAGCGUUCCCGACGAGAUGCAGGCGGUGUUGCUGCUGAACAGCGUGCCGGAGGAUUGGUGCGAGGAUGUCGAGAGGGUGCAGUUGGGGCCGCAUGGGUGUUUGGAGGAGGAAUUGAGUCUCCAUAAUGCGACCUUGAGGUUGAGGAUUGCGAGUGAUGCUAGGAAGUUGAAGAACUAUGUUAAUAACAAGGGGGGAUUCAAACUCGUUUGCAAUUUCUGUGGAAACAAAGGUCAUCGGAAACGCGAUUGCCCAGAAGCUUUAAGACUAGAGGAAAGUUUCCCUUCACAGUAUCUAGACUCCCCCCCAAAUGUCAUUGGAAUUGUUUAUCCUCAACUUAAAACCAGAGAGAGACUUAACUCCUCUGGUUCUGACUUCUACUCAUGGGAGAUUAUGCUUUCUGAUCUGUUCCGUUUCAGUGAAGUCAGUUAUGUCCUUGAGGACCCAAAACCCCCUGAGGAGGAUGUUGACCGUUGUAAGAAAUGGCUAGCUGAUGACUUACUUUGCCGCCAUCUUAUUCUUGGUGCAGUAGAUGAUGAUCUCUUCCUCAGUUUCCAUGGCUACCCCUCUGCCAAGUCUAUGAUGGAUGAUAUCAAGGCAUUCUUUAGUUUCACCUCUAAUGCUCAGCGCAAGCUUCUGCUUAAAAAAUACAUGGACCAUCAAAUGUCUGAGGGCACAACCAUACUUAACCACAAUAGCAAGAUGCAAAGGUUAGCACUGAAGCUGAAAAGUGUGGGGGUAACUAUCCCUGAUGAAUUGCAAGCGUUUACUUUGAUGGAUAGCAUGCCAGCGUCAUGGUUUGACUCAUUGAUAGCACUGAGACGGGACAUGAACCUGAAGGAAAAAGAAAUGGACCUUAAAGCAGUGAGAGCAAGGUUGUGGGAAGUUGGUCGAGCAAGGGAUUUGAUGGCAGUUCAAGAUGAGAUAGAAAUGUCCAGUAAGAAAUCCAGGAAAGUUUUCGAGGGCAAGUGUUAUUCUUGCAGGAGGCAAGGCCACUAUGCAUCCGAGUGUCCAAACAAAGGUAAAAAAACGGAAGCUCACCACCUGAAGUGCCAAGCAGAGUUUCGUGUAUAUUGGUUUUUCCUAUAUUUUAGCUUUGAACUUAGAGGUGGCAAAAAUACCAAUGGUUGGAAAGAGUAGAGACAUGUUAUGUUCUCGUGACACAUUCUUUCAAAAUCUUGGUUAUGGUGCAUAUUGUUGGAACACGAAUUGGCUUGUUAUUGACCUAAUUUUAAGGUAAGUAAUACAGAAAAAUAGUUAUGAGUAGUA